AUGGUCUCUGCAAGCGCCGACCGUGGACCCGUGAUCACGCACAUGCGCGCCGUGCAGGAAUGCUUGAUUUCGCACAACUACGAGGUCUUAAUGGUGCACGUGGGCGCGGGAGCCGAUGUCGGACAGCAGACGAUGGCCUGCCUAGGCAGGAUUAAAAGAGAACGCGGCGUCAUCCUGGCCGUGUGUACGCAGGACUAUGCCGAGGUGACGGCAUCACAGUUUUCCUCCUACAGGCAUCUCCGCUUCGCACUGGACAACAGUCUGGAAGUUCUCCCGCUACGGGUGGAGGACAUAUAUCCUCCGGAGCCGCCAUGGAGUGAAGAGCAUCCGUACGAUCAAAACGGAAGUGGCCAGGCGCUAGUCGGCAUGAAGAUCCCGCCAUCGCUUGUCCCUCUGGACUGCCGGGGGAGGACUGCAGUACAGAUCGCCAGUGAUAUCGCCGAGAGAUUGAGCAUCGAGAAGGCAGAAUGGUCUUCAGGGCGGCCGGCCGCUCACCUCUUCGAGAUGCCGGAGAUCCCUCUUUCUCGAAUUCAAUGA